AUGCAUCUCAUAUCCUUAAUAGUAUUUAUUAUACAUAAACUUUUUUGGGCUCUUUUAUUUUAUCAUUACAUAAAAUAACAAACUUAGGAAAGGUUUAUUAAAUUCAUUAGGAAGAGUUUGUUGUUAAAAUUUGUGAGCUUCAUUUUUACAUUUUAUUAAAAAAUGAUGAGCACAUAUUUAUUUAUGUUACUUAGUCUAUUCUGUAUAACAAGUUUAAGAAAAUAAAUAUAGAUAUUUGAGUAGGAAAAAAUAAUGAUCGUUCAUAUCAUAAUAAAUUUUGUAACAAUAUUAAUUUUAUUGCUUGAAUCACUAUUUAAUUUAUAUUAUUUUGAUCAAUCAAUUACACACUAAGUUAAAGAUAUAGAAAGAACAAGACUUACAAAACCACGUGUUAUUUAUUAAAUAUUAAUUAUUUUUUAGAUAUAUCAUAUUAUAUUGAUCAAUUUAGAUUACACAAAAUAUAUAUAAUCACUUUUAGUAUUACUAGCAGAGAUCACAUUAAUUUAUGAUUAAUUUAAAUAUUUUACUCUUAAUCUAACUUAUCAAUAAAAAGCAACCUUUUUGGCAAUUUCAAUUAACAUAGCUGUUCAUAUGCAUAUCCUCAUUUUUACAUAAAAAGUAAUUAGUCACAUUUUAUUACCAAUUUUAAUUUUUGGUUCACUAACAUAUUAUAUUAUCAAUAAUUAUAAUUAAUAUUUAAAUAGUUUAAAAUUAAAAUUGCUUUUUAAAAAAAAAUUUACUUCAAGUUGGCAAAUGAAAUACUCUUUGAUAAAAUUACUGAAUAAUGAUUUCAAUUCAAAAUAGUCUGAGAUUUUCAUAAAAUCACUUAUUGCUGCUGAUCAUCGUUUUAAUUGCAACGAUGUUAAAUGCUUCUACUGUUAUCAUCAAUAUAUAAUUUUUCCUUCUUAAACUUGUGGAAUAACUCUUUAAAUUUUUAGACAAUUUACAAUGAAAAAAAUGAAAUAAUUUCUGCAAUAAUUUUAAAUAAAUUCUUAAUAAGAAUUAGAAUAUUAAAUACUUUUAGAUUAUGCUUUUUUGCUUUAUGAUUUUGGAUUGAUAAUGAGAUCUGUUAAAUUACUUUGUUAUUUGAAUUAUAGUUGUAAGAAUAGCAAAAAUAUUAAACUCAAUUCAUUUUCAUUCUCUAAAGAUUAAAUUUCAUAAAUGAAUAAUUUUGAUCUAUCAACAAUUAAUUAAACAUUUUUGUAGGAUUGUUUAGAAUAAAAUAAUACCUUGUUACAAAUGCUCUUAUAUUAUAAUUUUAAAUUUCAGUAUUUGGAUAAUUUAAAAUUAUCUUUUAUUUUUAAUUAAGCUAAAAGUAUGAUUAAUGCAUCUUUAGGUACUUCUCUUCAUGCAACCUAAAAAUCAUUUAUAUCAGAUUACAUUGAAUAAAAUAUAGAUCUUGAUAUAAUUAUGACUUAGAAUGAAAAGCUUAUAUUUGAUCUUAUUGAAUAAAAAUUGCACUUUUAUUAAAUAAUUGUAUAAAAAACAAUGAUAAAUGAUUAAAUAAGUAUUUUGCAUAAUAAAGUAUAUAAAUUGUGUUACAGUUUACAUGAAGUAGAAUAAUAAUUAACUUUAGUAUAUUAACAUAAACCAUGUUUUAGACUACACAGAAUUAUUUGCUUUUUUUAUGGUGAAGUUUUGUGCGAUUACAAAAAAGCGAUAAAUUAUUUUAGAAAUUUAGACUUUGUCGAAACAUAAUAAUUACAAUGUUAGUAAAUAAAAAAUUUCAAUAUUAAUUCUUAAAAUGUUCAUUAUUUAAUUUUGGAAGUUAAAGAUGAUAUGGAAACUCUAUAAGUAUAAUAAUUUUCUAAUAAGUUUUUUAAUAAAUUUGGAGGAGAAAAUUCAAUAACAGAAGAGCAUUAAUUUAAUGAUUUGUUACCAAAAUAUUUAGUUUAACAACAUUGUAAGUUAGUAAAAAAGUUUUUUGAAACUGGUGAGUCAAAAUAUUAUUAAAUGUUUAAUAUAAAUUACAUAAAGAAUAGGAAUUAACUUUUAACUCCAAUAAAUAUGUGUUUUAUAAUAACAAACAAAUUUAUUAAUUAAAAUAUAACAUUUGCUUCAUUUAUAUAAGAAGCUUCAUAAGAUUAAGUUUAUAUAUUAGUAGAUGGUGCUAGUUUAAGAUGUACUUUUACUUAAACUUUACUUACUUUAAUGGGUUGGUUUGAAAGUGAUAUUGAAUUUUUAUGUUAAUAAGAAAAAUAUGAAGAGUUAUAAAUAACAAGAAUAUAUCCUAACUUUGUAAGAUUUAUAAGAUCAAAUAAAAUCAAUUAUUCGAAGCUCAAUUAAAGUAUUCUUGUAUUACCAAAACCAUAAUAUAAUGUAUAAACAUAAAGAUCUUUGCUUUCCGGAGAGGCAAAACUAAUUCUUAAUUAUGUUCAAACAGAAUGUGACUUGAUUAUUUCAAAAAAUAAAAUAGCAGCUUCUGAAUAUUUCAUAAUAAACGUUGUUAGAAUAUAUGAAUAAUAAUAAGCCUAGAUAUCUUUGACAAAAAUACCAAUAAUUUAAAAUAAAUUUUAUAAUGAAAAUAAAUAUUUAAUAGAUCAAACUGAGAAACCAGGAAUUUAAUAAAUAAAUUCAAUAAAUUUUUGUUAUUAGAAUAUUCCAGAAUCAAUAGCUAAUAUAAAAAUUUAGAGUUGCAAUUCUUCAAUAAAUUAAGACUUAAACUUAAAUAAAAAUCUUAUAACAAUUUAAUCAUUAAAAUAAUAAAAAAGUACUUUAAACAAUAAUUAGUAAUUGUUUUUUGCAGAAAAUGAUGCUUUUGAACAGUAAGAAUAGGGAUUUGCUGUAUCAAAUAAAAUUGAGAAUUAAUUAAUUAGGAGAAAUAAAGCUACUACAAUUUAAAGUGAAGCAUAUUUAGAUAAUAGUUCAUUCAAUAAAAAGUAUAAAUUAAUUUAAUCAAUAUUGGGUGUUAAAUCUCCAAAAUACUUAUAAAAAUUCUUUUUUUUUAUAGUUUUAUGGCUUUCAAUGUUUGUAUUGUUUAUUUUUCUAUUUUAUAUUUCAAUUAGAAAUGAUAUUACAAAUGUUAAAUUUUAAUUGGAAAUGUUAUCAUUUUAUGCUUCAAUAAUGGCUCCUCAUGAUUUAUUUUUUUCAAUGAGAGUAACGAUAACUGCAUAUGAAUAAAUGUAAAGAGAAGGAUUUAUACCACAUGAUAGAUUAAAAGAAUUAACUGAUCCUUAUUACCAAUAUAUUGAUUUAGGAUAUUCAGAGCUAAGGGACAACUUGUAUGAAUAAUUAAAUAAUGAAUAUUUAUAAAACUUCCUUAAUAAUUAAGAUAUUACUAUGUAUUUUAUGGAAGAUAAUGAGACUCAAAUCUAUCCCAUAAAUCUAUAAUUUAGAGAUGCUCUCUUUGUAAUAUUAUAAUAUCAAUACUCCUAAAUGAUGACAUUUUAUUAUCGAUAAAGUACUUCUGGAAAACCAUAUUAGAUUUCUUUAUUUGCUAAUUACUUUUAAUUACAUGAUUAAUGUUAAAAUAUUACAAAUGAUAUAAUUAAGUAUUCUAUUGAAAACAAAAGUCAUGUCUAUUAAAAACAAUAAAUAAUCUCAAUCUUCGGAUUUUUGAUUGUACUAUUAUUUUACAUUAUUAUUUAACGUUAUUAGAUCUAAUAUUUUAUUCAAAUUGAUUUGCUUUUUUUACUGCUAAACACAAUGAGUUAUGAAAUGAUAGAAUCAGAAAUUAAUAAAUUCACAGAUCAUAAGAAACAAUAUAAAUUAGAUAGACAUAGUUUAUAAGAAUAUGAUCCAAUUGAUAGAACUUAUAAUUAUAUCAUUAAACCCAAUACAUGUUAAGGGUAAAGAUAUCUUAAAUUGCAUAUAGGACCAUUCAAUAACUAAAAAAUAAUUAAUUAUUUCAAUUUAAUAUGCUUUUUUAUAAUUAUUUCUUUCUUUUUUAUACUAACUUUUAUUACUACUCAUUUUUACUUAACCAAAUAUGAUGAUACCUUAUAUUUGUUUGAAAAGAUACAAGACUUUAAAUUAAGAACUGGAAGUUUGUAUUUAUACCGAGAAAUAUUUUUUAGAUGGAGUAAUUUUACAUUUUUGAAUGAUUAAAAUAAAAUAUAACUGUAUACUCUUAUUGACUCUGCUUAAUAGUCUAUCUAAAAUUAUAUAUAAUUAUCAGACAAAAUGAGAUUUGAUUAAUUUUUGGUUGACGAUGAUUUUGUCUAACUUUUUCAUUCUAUCAGCAAAGAAAAUCUUUGUUAAUAUAUAGAUGAAGUAAUUUUAUUAAUAAACUCAAUAGAAAUUUAAGAAUCUAACUUCUAAAUAUUGUUAAUUAGCAUUCGAAGGUACUUUAAGUCAAGGAAUGUUAUCUACUUUAAAUUAUAUAUCAAAUUCUUUCAAAAUACAAUAAACUAUCAAUAAUUUUACUUAACGUGUAGAAAUUGAUUUUUAUGAAUAAGAAGGUUCUUAAAUAGUAACAAGAGUAUUCUUUACUCUUUCAAAAUAAUUUAGUUAAAGUGCUGACACUUAUGCUGAUUUCACAACAACAGUAAUAUAAGUAGAUUAUAUACAUAAUUAUAAUAGUUCUUAUCUAUCUGCUAUUUUUGUUUCAUUAUUAUGAUUUUCUUUUUCUUUUAGUGCUUUUAUCAUCCAUAUUUAGCAUGGCUAUUCAAAUCUAUUAAAGGAAUUGUACAUUUAAUACCUUUUGAAGCUUUAUUAUUUAGUGAUUCUCUAGAAAUUUAAUUAAAAGAAUUAAUUUAUAGGUUGCAAUUACUUUGA